AAUUCAUUUAUUAUUAAUACGCUACUGUGUCACAGCAAGGAUGACUGUUUUGGGAGUCAUUGCGUUAAAAAUAUCUUUAUUGUGGUGGAUCAUGUUUGGGUAGGAGGGAUCGUUUUGCCCCACUGAGCCAGCCUCGCGGGCAGCAGAUGAGCCAGAGAGACUUGUGUAUGUACAGUAUGUGUGUGCUCUGCUGAGCUGUGAGCAGAGGAACCCCGCCAGCCAGCCUGCUCUAACACACUCCAGUCCAACAGCUCGCCUCUUCUCUCUGCUCCAGAUGAUGCCUUGGAUUUAGCCGGCCCACAUGAGUGAUAUGAAUAACGCACUGGACGGACUACACACUUCUGGAAACCUUGGAGAGAAAGCAGAGAUUUUUCAGAGUGGCAAGGGUAAUGUGAGUGGCUUCUCCAACCCAGCUCUCAUCUCUUUGCGAGCUCCUUUACUAACACCAAAUGCCCAGAAGACCAGGACUACGCUCUGCAAGGGGAACAGGAGCAAUAAAGAAGGAGAGGAGUCAUUGUCUUCACGUGUUCCAAACCCCUUUCCUGAACUUAUCCCCUCAACCCUGUCCCCCCUCGUCACUGAAUGUUUAUUACCUUGGACCAAAAGUAGUGCAACUCAGGUAAUCAAAGUUUAUAAUGAAGAUAACACCAGCAGAGCAGUAGAGGUUCCCAGUGACAUCACUGCCCGGGACAUUUGCCAGCUGUUCGUCUUGAAGAACCACUGCAUUGAUGAUCACAGCUGGACUCUUUUUGAACACAUCUCCCAUCUGGGAAUAGAGAGAACCAUUGAAGACCAUGAGUCUGUUAUGGAGGUGCUAUCAGGCUGGGGGAUGGACACAGACCACCGGCUGUAUUUUAGGAAGAAUUAUGCUAAAUAUGAGUUCUUCAGGAAACCGCUGGACUUUUUCCCUGAUCACAUGGUCUCCAUAUCCAGUGAAACCAAUGGGAUGGUGGAUCACUCUCAGCUUAUAGAGACCUUUCUCAACUCCAGCACAUGUCCCGAGAUCCAUGGACACCUCCAUGCCAAAGAGCAAAGCAGGAAGUCGUGGAAGAGGUUCUAUUUUGUCUUGCGAAGGUCAGGGCUCUAUUUCUCCAAUAAAGGAACUUCCAAGGAACCCAGACAUCUCCAGUUCAUUGCUGACUUUAGUGACAGCAAUGUCUACACUGUUUUUUCUGCCAAAAAACUGCAUGGAGCACCUACAGAUUUUGGCUUCUGUGUCAAGUCCACAAAGUGUAGUUCAGCCCGGGACUCGAAGUUGCUUUGUGCGGAUGAUGAGCAGACCAGGACAUGCUGGAUCACGGCCAUGCGCUUGUUAAAGUAUGGAAUGGAACUGUACCAAAACUUCAUUCAGCCACACCAAAAACAAAAAGCGUCACCAAUGAGAAGCAUUUCAGAGAACUCACUAGUGGCCAUGGAUUUCUCUGGGCAAAAGAGCCGGGUGAUCGAAAACCCGUCUGAGGCACUGUCUGUGGCUGUAGAGGAAGGUCUGUCAUGGAGGAGAAAAAGCUGCCACCGUCUGAGUGGACAUGGGAGCCCCUCCACAUCACAAAGUUCAGUGUCAAACAUAGCUAUUCACUUGACUCAGCCCUGGUUCCACGGCAAACUGUCUCGGGAUGAGGCUCAGCGUCUUAUCACUCAGCAUGGUCUUAUUGAUGGAGUAUUUCUUCUGAGGGACAGCCAAAGUAACCCUAAAACGUUCGUACUGUCACUGUGCCACAUGCAGAAGAUUAAACACUUUCAAAUCUUACCGGUGGAUGAUGAGGGGGAGUUAUUCUACAGUCCAGACGACGGUCACACACGGUUCAGUGACUUGAUCCAGUUGGUGGACUUUUACCAGCUAAACCGGGGGAUCCUGCCCUGCAAACUCAAACACUACUGUGCCCGAAUCACCCUGUGAACAAAAAACCCAAGAGACCUUCGAUGGCCCACAUGCACCUUAAUGUGUUUCUGGACAAGCACUCCCAGUGUUCUUGUGCCUUGAAGAAAAAAGAUACUCAGCAAACGUGAACGGCCAUGCUAGCUGAAUCAUCCACACAUCAGCAUUCAUAAUGUGGUGGCUGGUCUGUCCUUAUUUUUCUUUUUCAGCAAAAGCCGAAAUGACAAUGUACUGUAUAAUAACUGACUCGAGUGCUGAACAUAUGCUAUUUUGUCUGGUGGAUGUUAUUCUUCAGCCUUGUAAUGUUCCUAUAUUUGGUAGUAAAUCCAUUGUCUUGUACUGUAUAUAGUAAAGCUAAAUGUGUACUCUAAACAGCGUGUGAUUCUAACAACAUUGUGAUACCUAUGAAAAAGUUUUUUUAGUUUUUUUCUUAAACUAACAAACAGCAGCUGGUAUUUGAAGUUUGGAGUUUUCACAAUACAAUUGAAUGUGUACUGGUGUUACCCCUGUAGCCAAAUGGUCAUAGUACCUACUACACAACCACACAGUUGAUGCAUGUCAUACACCUCUCCUUCUCCUCUUGUUUAUUUUCUGCCUGUUUAUUAUCAUUUAUUCAUUAAAGGCCAAACUGCCCAAAAUUAUCUUAAAAAAAAGAAUUUCUUAUAUUUAUAUACAAUAUGUUCAGUAUGUAUAUCUAUCAAAGCUAAUGAUGGUUGAAUCUAUUGUUUUUUUACCACCAUAUUAUGCUGGGAAUUAUAGGACACCUCUGUCCUGUUAAACCUGAAAAAGACUAAGCUAUCUUACUUUUCAUUGUCAUUGUAUCUAAGUAUUCAGGUAUUUUCUAAGAAAAUGAUUGUUGUUUUCUAGUUGAGAGAUAAAACAACCUCUCAGGAAGUGUCAUAUUACAAUGCCUUGUAAGCUGGACUGAUACUGCUGUGGAGAGAAAAAGAGAGGUAAUGUACAGGUGGGGAGAAACGGCACACAACCUCACUGGCCUGCAAUGUACAUUCAUUUUAAAUGUAUGUGAUUAAAUGAAAGGUUUGUAUUACAUGAAAUUAGUUUUGAGCUCGCUCAAGAGCAAGGGCAGUGAAAUAUAUCAAUUUUAAAAUUAAAGCCAUUAAGAAGAAAAAUCAGAAAUACUCUAUGACUGAUUUUAUCUUAUUAUUAUCUGAAUUAAAUGUAUAUUGAAUUUUUAUUUUUUAUUUUAUUUUACUAAAAGUCAGGUGUACUGUUUGUAACACCUGGGUAGGUUGUAUUUUGAUGUUUUUACCACUGCUGUGGAUACAUACGGUGUUGGAUGAUGUUUUGCAAAAAAGGUAACAAUGAAUCAGCUUUUAAAAACAAAGCAAUCAAAAUCACUGACAUGAUUGAAAUGACCAUUUUUUGUUUAAGUUUUUUUUCUAAUAAUGCAUUGAACAAUGAAUGUCAUGGACUGCGUAGUUUUAUAUAUAAACAAAGUCUGUAAUA